GUGGAAUAUCAAAGAUCAAAUAAUUGAAAUCUGAAUGAAUGCAUUCCUCUUGUUUUUUCAGAUCAUCUUCUACGAGGACAGGAACUUCCAGGGUCGUUCCUAUGAGUGCAUGAGCGACUGUGCCGACAUGUCCUCCUACCUGAGCAGGUGUCACUCCUGCAGGGUGGAGAGCGGCUGCUUCAUGGUCUACGACCGCCCCAACUACAUGGGAAACCAGUGGUUCAUGAGGAGGGGAGAGUACUCUGACUACAUGAGCAUGAUGGGAUGGAGCGGUGGUAUCAGGUCUUGCCGUAUGAUCCCCAUGUACAGAGGCCAGUUCAGGAUGAGGAUCUACGAGAGGGAGAACUUCGGUGGUCAGAUGUAUGAGCUGAUGGAUGACUGUGACAACAUCAUGGACCGCUACCGCAUGAACGACUGCAUGUCCUGCCACGUGAUGGACGGCCACUGGCUGAUGUACGAGCAGCCCCACUACAGAGGCAGGAUGAUGUACCUGAGGCCCGGAGAGUACAGGAGCUUCAGGGACAUGGGAUAUAGUGGCAUGAGGUGGAUGAGCAUGAGGCGCAUCAUGGACAUGUGCUAGAUUAUUUUCAUUUCAAAAUAAAACCUGAUAGA